AUUAAACAUUGUCAUGGCGGCCUCCGUAUUGCUAUCUCAUAUACAAAAAGUUAAAAUCCCAUCCGCUGGGGAUAAAAUUUACAAAGAUGAAUGCAUUUUUUGUUUUCAUACUCCGGAGAGUGAAACAGGAUUAUAUGUCUGUCUGAGUAGUUUUUUGGGAUUUUGUCGCAGACAUGUACAAGAAUAUUCAACUAAUACCUCUAACUGUGUUUUCUUACACCUCAGGAAAAUUAAAAAAGAAAUUGCAGACAAAGCUGUACCAGAAAAGGUUCCAACAAAAUUAGCAAUUGGUCUUGAAGGUGGAUUUGAUGUCAGUGGCAAAAAAUAUGAAUAUGAAGAGAAAAAUUGUGUAAUUCUACUGCCUGAUUUUCAUGUUAUUGAACUUCCAUGUCCGGAUUUACCUUUCUCUAUUCAACUAAGUAUUAGUACAGUCUUGGAAUCUGAUGCUGCAAGCGUACAAGAAGAGGCUGAUGCAAUGGCUGGGACGUGGGAUGGGAUGCAAAGAGAAGUUACAAAACAUGCUGAUACUUUAGUUCAGUUGGAUAAUGGAGUAAAAAUUCCACCAAAAGAUUGGCAGUGUCAAGUAUGUGGUUUAAAGGAAAAUCUCUGGCUUAAUCUCACUGAUGGUUCUAUUCAUUGUGGUCGAAAAUACUUUAAUGGCCUUGGUGGUAAUAACCAUGCAGUUGAACAUUAUGAAAAAACCAAAUACCCUCUUGUUGUCAAGUUGGGAACUAUUACAUCUGAAGCUUCAGAUGUGUAUUCUUAUGAUGAGGAUGCUAUGGUUAUAGAUCCCAACCUUCCAGCCCAUUUAGCUCAUUUUGGAAUAAACAUAAAAGACUUACAAAAGACAGAUAAAUCUAUGGUUGAAUUAGAAAUUGAUAUGAACCAGCGCAUUGGAGAAUGGGCUAUAAUUCAAGAAGCUGGAACAAAGCUAGUUCCUUUAUAUGGUCCUGGUUAUACAGGUCUGGCAAAUUUAGGCAAUUCUUGCUACCUCAAUUCCAUUAUGCAAGUCAUUUUCAACAUUCCAGAUUUUCAGAAAUGCUAUUAUGAAAAUUGUAACAGAAUAUUUGGUGAAGUUCCUUAUGUCAAUGCUCCUAAAGAUUUUAAUGUGCAGAUGGCUAAACUUGGUUAUGGGUUAUUAAGUGGUGAAUAUUCACAACCACCUAGUGGAUCAACAAAGGAUCAGGAAGUAGAGGAAUUACCUGGUAUCAAGCCUCAUAUGUUCAAGCUUAUUGUAGGUCAUGGUCAUCCUGAAUUCUCUACAAAACGGCAGCAGGAUGCACAAGAAUUUUUUUUACAUCUUAUUAGCCUUAUAGAGCGAAACUCACGAAGUAGGGAAAAUCCUUCUGAUUCUCUAAAGUUUCAAGUAGAAGAGAGAUUACAAUGCGUAAAGUCAGGGAAAGUAAAGUAUACAACAAGAACAGACUAUUUGUUAUCUCUUCCAAUUCCUUUGGAGUCUGCUACCAAUAAAGAAGAGUUAGCAGCAUAUGAAGCAAGAAAAGCAGAAGUGCUUGCUAGAGGUGAUAGAAUGAAACCAGAUGAUAUUGUAAGACCUAGGAUACCUCUUCAUGCUUGUUUGGAAAAUUUUUCUGCUGUAGAGCAAGUAGAGGAUUUUUACAGCACUGCACUGAAAGCUAAAUCUGUUGCAUAUAAGACAACUCGACUGCAUACCUUUCCAGACUUUCUGAUGUUGCAUUUGAAGAAAUUUACGAUUGGUGAUGAUUGGGUCCCAAAAAAAUUAGAUGUUUCAAUUGAUGUACCUGAAGUGCUAGACUUACCUACGCUUCGUGGCAGAGGCAUUCAGCCAGGUGAAGAAGAAUUGCCAGAAUCAGGUGCAGACAGAUCUGCGGAAGAAUUUGUGUAUAAUGAAGCAUUAUUGUAUCAGUUAUCUGAUAUGGGAUUUCCUCUUGAUGGUUGCAAAAGAGCUCUUUACUAUACACAAAAUGAAGGAAUUGAAGCAGCCAUGAAUUGGGUCAUGGAACAUAUGAAUGAUGAAGAUUUCACAGAUCCUUUUUGCAUACCUGGGUCAAAGAAAAUUAAUCCAGAUUUUACACCUAAUCCAGAAGCUGUAUCAACCAUUGUUUCCAUGGGUUUUGUCCCUGCACAAGCUACAAAAGCUUUAGAAGCAACGAAUAAUGAUUUGGAAAGAGCUAUUGAUUGGAUAUUUAGUCACGCUGAAGAAAUGGAGACAGAUUCUCCUGAAGCUGAAGUGCCAGUAAAAGCUCAAUAUCGGGAUGGAGUAGAAAAAUAUAGGCUGGUUGCAUUCAUCAGUCAUAUGGGAACGUCAACUGUUGCUGGACAUUAUGUGUGUCAUAUUCUUAAAGAAGGCCGUUGGGUUAUUUACAAUGAUAAUAAAGUGGCCUUGUCUGAACAUCCUCCAAAAGAUUUAGCUUACUUAUACUUUUAUGAACGAAUGUCAUCUUGAACUUAGUAAUUUAUUAUUCAUCAGUGAAAGAAAACUAACUGAUGUGUGUAUAUUUCAAAUUUGUAAUAUUUACUAAAUUAUGAGGUUUCUUCCCAUGCUGCUUGCUAGAAGCUGUAAUUAUUAUUUUUAACUAAUAAAUGUACAGCUGCAUUGCCCUGCACAUGCUCUAUUGCAUUUAAUAUUUAAAUAAUUCUGCAUAGUAAGAUUAAUCACUUACAACUCAUAUUGUAAAAAACUAAUUUUCAAAAACCACUCUUACACAAAUGAAGUAAAGUUUUUUUUUUUUUUUUUUUUUUUUUUUUUUAAAGUUUUAAAACCUGGGACUAAUUUUGAACAUUGUGUAUUUAGUUUUGAUGAUUUACUUCCAAACUAAUUGAAGUAUUUAUUUGGUUGCUGCCUAUAAAUAGCUGUUACCCCAUUGCUUCAUUUUGGGAGUUAUUAAAUAUGCUAGCUUCAAAUUAUUUUUUUUUAACAAGUUUCUUGCUUCUCAUAUCAAGUGCUAUUAAAUGAAAGUUUAUUAUUUAAUGUCCAAACCACACAAAUGGCUGCAGAGCUACUAUUAAGCUGACAUCAUGUUUUACAUAUUUUGUAAAGUUCAUAUAAUAAAAAUUUGUAGAAUAUUUACAGAUGGUUUCCAUUAACUUUUACAAAGCAAAACCUGAUUGAUUCAUUAUAAUUACUAUGUAUAAACAAUAUUAAAGCUAGUUUGAACCAAAAAAUUGAAGCACAUGUUUGAAUGUAAUAUCAGGUAGCUAACACAUCUCCUUUAUACAUUAACAUAAUAGCUUUUUGAUGAGUAUAUUUAAGUAAAAAGUACUUCUUAAUUUUAAAUGAAAUGAUAACCAUGUUUAAAAUGCGAUUGCUGUCACUAAUGUUUAUUCAUGUUUAUGUGCUCUGAAAAUUCAUCAUCGCUGAAUGCAUGCUUCAUUCCCAAAAUAUAACACAUUAUUACUUUUUGGAGAUUAUUUGAAAUCGGUAGUUGUUGCGAAUAAACCAUGAAUCUUUGAAGCACUAAAAAUAAACAUCGAUUGCUGCAUUUAACCCUGAGUUAUUGCAUAGUUUCAUCAAACACUGGAUUUGUCGAACUCUUUCAUGUGCACUAAGUCAAGGUGGACAUCUAAAUAAUGCUAUAUGCAAAAUAAAUAAAAAAUUUGAUUUUAUCUGACAGUUUUUAAUUUAUUUUAUUUUAAAAUCAUUUCGUUCUUAAGGGAAGACCCUUUAUAUAUGGCUAUGGAAGUGACGAAUAGUUUAUGCUUUAUGUUGCAUCAGUGAAAAUAUGCAUAUAAUUGGGAUACUCCUUAUAUAACUAGAUAAAACUAUAGGAAAAAAAGCAAACAAAAACUAAAAUUUAAAUACUUUUUACAAAACAUAAUAGAGAUACUUUAUAAACAUUGAGCUGCUAUAGAUAAAAAGAUACUAAUAUAAGAAGGUAAAUAUAUUAAAAAUUAGCAGAAAUUGACUGUAUUUAAUUCAAUGAUACAUGCUGGUUUAAAGCAGAAAAAUCCAAGUUAUCAAAACUUGCAAUUAUAAAUUAAAAGAAAAGUGUAGUAUAAAAAGCUAAACAUUUAGGUAACAGUAAACCAAAUGUAAAUCAUUUUCUGAAGUUUUUCAUCUUCUUGCUCUGCGUGGAAAAGAUUAUAAUUUAAUUCAUUUUCUCCUUCGUAAUAUUUAUCUUAUAUAUAAAUUUAAGUGUUAAAUUCCAGAUUCAUGAAUUGUUAUUCAUCAUGAAAUGAAAAAAAAAAUUAAGCACCUGAACAAAUAUAUAUAUAUAUAUAUGUAACUAAAACUGGUUAAUCAGUGAGAUAGUUACAUCUGCAGUUCAACAGUGGUUAGGCUUAUGUUAUUAUGGUAGAACUGCAUGUCAUUUUCAAUACUUAGCCUGCUUUGUGUGUAUUUUAAAGCAGUUAACAAUAUAAAACUAAUCUCUGAUGUUGAUCUGUAUUAGUGAUGCCAGUUUUGUGUGUUCCCAAAAAAAAAAAAUUAUUGCAAAUUGUGAAAAUAUCAUUUCUCUCCAAAGUAAAUUUAAAAACCACCUGUUUUGCAAAUUUUGUGUGAGGUUAUUGCCAGAAAGUUGUAAUUCAUUCAAUUUUGUACAGUCUUUAAUUGUAAAAUAUUUACUGCUUUAAAUUUGAGCUUUCUUAUGUUUUAAUUCCUUAACUUAAAAGCUUGAGAAUGAUUGUAUAUCUUGACAACAUCUUGUUUAUAAAUUUCUACUCUGAGUAAAUUUGUUGCAUUGCGUUUGUUACAAAUGUUGCUGCAAGAUGACACAGGAUGUUUACUUUGAUCAGUUUUUGCAGAUACAUGAAGUGUUCUAAAGAAGUCAAAGUUAGUAGUUCUAAUGGCCAUGUGCUUACCCUUGGUAUGGUCUGCCUUUUUUCUUUUUGAUUUUGUAGUAUGGAGAAUAAUGAAGAGUUUGACAUAAAAUUUAGUGGGUCAGAAAGUGGCACUUCUAAUUCUGGCAGUGUAAAUAAGCAACAACAGAACAAGAAAGUGAUUUCAGCAAUGUUAGUUUUUCCAGCAUUAGAUUAUAGCAGGAAAUACACUUGUCUAUAGCAUUGCCAAGAUUUCCCAUUACUUAAACACCUUGAAGAUUUCCUAUUACUUAAACAUCAUUAAUUUUUACUCUUUAGCAAAAACACUAUAAAUAGUUUUGAAAGAGAUUUGAGCAAAAUAUUUGCAUUUAGGACAUUUUUACUCUAUGUGGUGUUAUUUUUUGAAAGCAACGAAUGUACUUGGGAUUUUAAUGCAACCUUUUUUCAAGACUUUCUAAUUACCCCUUAAAUGAACAUUUUGUCAAAUUGCUAUUUGCAGUAAACUUGCUUCAUGUGUAGGAUGGUUCAUUGUAAUCAACUUAUAUUCUGUGCAGCAAUUUUAGCAAUAACCUUUUACUAAUAAUUAAUAUGCACUUUCCACUAUGCAUAAAAUGGGAAUGGCCAUAAUAAUAUAUCUGAAAUUAUGCUUUUUAAAUUACUGUAAAAUAUUUUUGAUUGUUUGAAAAAUCAUGAUGCAUUUUUCCUAUGUUCUUGAAAGGACCUUUAUUUAUAUAAAGAACAGAGCAAUCUAUAGUAUAUUGCCCGUGUUUGCUUUCUUUUAAUGAGCUUUGUAAUUCCUCAUUCACAAAAGAACCUAGCUUUAUCACUGAAAAGUUGAACAAGGUGUUGAGUUAUGGUCUCAUCUGAAUUGAAUGUUAUAUCAUGAAAGAAAUUUUGAAGAGAGCAAAACAAAUGAAAAUCUGACGGCACAAGAAUCUGAGGGAUCAAGAGUAUGAUACAUGUGGCAACACUUUUCAGCCAAACUUGAAUGAUUUUUGUCAGGUGAUCAGACUUAAUAGGUGUUGCAUUUUUGUAUGGAAUGCAAUUCCUGUAUGAUUAUUAAGCUCUGAAAGUUUCUGGAAGAUGGGUUUGUUGAAACUGUCUAGUUGAUGCUAACACACAUUCGAACUGAUUUGUUGGCUCAUUGGUAGGAGCUUGGAAACAAGACCACACACAUGUUUGAUCACUAACAAAAAUUACUGUCGUUUGGAUGAAUAAUGUUGCCAUGCAUGUCACCUGAUCUUGUAUCUUCAAAUUUUCACUUGUUUUCACAAAAUUUCUUUUGUGGUAUAACAUUCAAUUCAGACGAGGCCAUAUAUCAAUACAUUGUUCAGCUUUUCUCUGAUAAAGCUAGGUUCUUUUGUGAAUGAGGAAUUAUUAUAAUGAAAUAAAGAUAAAAGUUAUCCAACAAAAGAAGCAAUAUACUAAUGACUGCUUACUGUUAUUUAUAUAAAUAAAGAACCUUUAAAGAAAAAAUGCUUCAUGACUUUUCAGACAACCCAAUAUAUAUCUAGUUCCCGUUUUAAUAAUCUGAAACUAACACUUGUACUGAAAGAUAAACUUUUUUCCAUGCCAUUUUUAAUUUUUGUAUUAGUAAACAAAAAUAAAAUAAUUUUUUAUUAUUGUGAAUAAUAAAAUCCUCUGAUUAAAACAAUA